AUGCUGACUGCAUUCACGGCGAGGCCCCUCGUGGAGUUCCGACCUCGCGACAAGUCGAAGAUAGAGUCCAUCUUGACGUACGGCGACAGGCUGCUGGUCGGGCUGAACACGGGAUCGCUGCGAAUAUACAGGGUUAAUGAGGUGAACGUUGACGAAGCAGAUACACGGGCUGGUGAUGACACAGAGGCGCAGGAUGGCAGUGGUGACGGCGGUGGUGCUAUUCAGUCAUCUCCAGCAACCAAACCGACAGAUCUACUGCGAGAGCUAGAAAAAUUCUCGCGAUAUAAGAUCGAGCAGUUGGCGAUUAUCAAGGAGGCGAAUAUUCUCCUUUCCCUUUCGAACGGCCAUGUCUCGAUACACGAUCUGCAGUCUUACGAGCUGCAUGAGCAGUUAACUCGAACUAAAGGGGCUACCACCUUCGCGGUUACCUCCAACAUCGAGAAGGAUCAGGACACUGGGGUUCCGUCGAUUGUGUCUAGGCUUGCUGUUGCGGUAAAGAGAAAGCUCAUGCUAUGGACAUGGCAAGACAUGGAGCUUGAAGAUGAUGCUACAGAGAUAACACUUGUUAGCGGGAUAAAGACCAUCACUUGGGCGAACGGUACCAAGCUACUAGCCGGACUUAGCUCAAGCUAUGUCCUUGUUGAUGUUGUGACAAGAGAAGUUACGGAUAUUGUAGGACCUGGAAGCAUUGGGGGGGCUGGCGGACCUGAUACGGGGCGUCUGGGAGGAGUAGGUGCCAGUAUGAGCUACAUAGGCAUGGGCGGAGCAACUCCUAAACCGCUCGCUACAAGAUUGUGCGAAGGACAGAUGCUACUGGCAAAGGAUGUCAACUCACAUUUUAUUGACACGGAUGGAAACGGCCUCAAACGACGCCAGAUUCCUUGGACGGUGGCUCCUGAAGCUGUUGGCUACUCAUACCCUUACCUACUAGCACUUCAGGAUGCAUCCAAGGGUAUACUUGAAGUGCGUAAUCCAGAGACCCUAUCACUUCUUCAAUCGGUAUCCCUCCCAUCAGCUGCCAUGAUCCAUAUUCCACAGCCAAAUAUCAGUCUUGCCCAUGCAGGAAAGGGGUUUCUCGUGGCCAGUGGACGUGUGAUUUGGAGAAUGAGUGCUCUCGACUAUGACUCGCAGAUUGACGGCUUAGUAGAACAAGGCAAUCUCGAUGAAGCCAUCAGUCUUCUUGGAAUGCUUGAAGAUGCCCUUCUGAACGACAAAGAGGGUAGACUGCGAGAGAUCAAGCUUCGCAAGGCCCAGACUCUAUUCGAAAAGCAGAAAUACCGGAAGUCGUUGGACCUUUUUACAGAAGUUUCAGCUCCUCCCGAGAUAGUUAUACGGUUAUAUCCUAAACUCAUUGCUGGAGAGCUAUCAUCUAUUGAGGAAGAACCUGCACAGGAAAGUUCGGAGAGCUCAGAGGAGAAUCCCUCUCAGCCUGAAAAUGGUACCAGUAUUCACAGUGCUGAACCCACGACACCCGAUGACAAGCCGAAGGUUAAGAAUGGGACUUAUGCACCAUCUGUAACCUCGUUUCUAAGAGGAAGACCAGAUGAUGCUAGCGAAACUGGUAGCAUGCGUGGUAAACCAGCAGACCUGAAAGAACCAGACAAGCGGCUGGGUAUGUAUUCCAUAUUAUCUUUUUUUCUUAUACAUUUACCACCUAACUAA